AUGUUAUUUAUUUUGGAUGGUGAUACGCAACGCAGCGGCACAGAAACUGAACUUUCAGAAUAUGACAGCCAAGAUGACACGAGUGUGAACGAGGGAAAUAGGAAAAUAGAGGUACUUGAACACGAUACUACUUCAUCAAGUACAACUCAUCAGGGUUUGGAUUUUGCAACACCUCCAUCAAAAACUAAACGCCAAAAAAAAAUCGGCGCAGGUAGACGAAGCCUACCAUUUUUUGACAGAGGCAAAGGAAAAAUUGACCAAACAAGAUCGAUUUUCCUAUUUUGGAGAAGUAAUUGCUUGCAAAUUAAGAAGCUUAAAUGA